CAAAAUGAUUUCUUUAAUCAUACAGUAUAAGUUUAGACGUUUAGUCCUUUGUCAAAAUCUUAAACCCAAAUCGAGCAUUUUCAUUUUUCAUUCCCAUUAGGAAGAUUGAUGGGCUGAUUCAAGCCCAAUCACCUGAACAUGUAUACCACCGUAUAUCUGAGUCUGUAACGGACUAACGGCUACUUGAACAAUCAAUUAAAUAAUAAAAAUAAAAAAAAGAAAUAAACAUAGUACCGUUGCCCAACGGUAGAAUUUCAAACCAAAUAUCUACCUUGCCCUUUCCUCUCUUCAUCUCCGCUCCCCUCCCUUCUGCCUCCUCCUCAACUUUCUCUCUCCUCUGCUUAAACUGCACUUGAGAGUCUGAUUAUCUGCAUUUUUAUCUAAUCUCUCUUAUUAUUUAAUUUAAUCUAACUUAACUUAAUCUUCAUUACUAAAAACUCAUAUCUUGCUUCAAAAUAAAAAUUAAUUAAAAAAAUGCAAGAAAUGUGGAAUGGUCCUCCUGGGUUUAGGCCAUCAAAAUCAGCUUCAGCACCAUGCUCUCCAGCGAAGCCACUUUCGAUGCCUCGAACCCGGUCCGAGUCAUUCCACAUUACCCAUAAAGUUCCUGUUGGUGAUACUCCUUAUGUUAGAGCCAAACAUGUUCAGUUGGUGGAUAAAGAUCCAGAGAAGGCAAUUCCUCUAUUUUGGGCUGCAAUUAAUGCUGGAGAUAGAGUUGAUAGUGCUCUUAAGGAUAUGGCUAUUGUAAUGAAACAGCAAAAUCGGGCUGAUGAAGCGAUUGAGGCUAUUAAAUCGUUGCGAAGCCGGUGUUCGGAGCAGGCUCAGGAGUCUCUUGACAACAUUCUCUUGGAUCUCUAUAAGAGAUGUGGGAGAUUGGAUGAUCAAAUAGCUCUUUUGAAGCACAAAUUGUAUUUGAUUCAACAAGGGUUAGCAUUUAAUGGGAAAAGGACUAAAACAGCGCGAUCUCAAGGGAAAAAAUUUCAGGUCUCAGUGGAGCAAGAGGCCACUCGUUUGCUGGGAAACUUAGGAUGGGCACUGAUGCAGCAAAACAACUAUGUAGAAGCAGAGGAUGCAUACAGAAGAGCAUUAUCUAUUGCACCAGAUAACAACAAGAUGUGCAAUUUAGGCAUCUGCCUAAUGAAACAGGGGAGAAUCGUCGAGGCGAAACAGACUCUCCGGCGUGUGAAACCGGCAGUAGCAGACGGGCCGAGAGGGAUGGACUCCCACCUCAAGGCUUAUGAAAGGGCACAACAAAUGCUGGCAGACUUAGAAUCAGAGAUGAUGCAGAAAGCAGGGGACUCUGUUUCAGAACAGAGCAGGCUUUUCAAUACUUUCUUGGGAUCAUCCUCACUUUGGCAGCCUCAACCUUGCAGAGAAACAUAUACCUGCCAACAAACCAGCAAAAUCCCAGAUGAAUUUCCUGAUGAAAACACCAAUUCCAACAUUUUAUCAAACAAUAAUCAGAACUUCCCACCAAAACCAAAUGGGUUUUUACCAUUGGGAAAUUCUUGGAAUAUUGAUGCACCCCCGUUUUAUUCCUCCAAAUUGGGGGGAACCCAAUUCAAUGAGACCCUUAAGAGGACGAGAUCCGGGAGUGCGGCGAGUUUCGGAAAUGAGAAUAACAAUCCAGCACUAGAGAGACUGUUAAGAUUAGUAGUAAGAAUGGUAAUCAAGAGAGGGAAAAUAAGAUAUUGAGGAGGUCAUUGGAGGAACCACUUAACAAAGUGGCUGAUUUUUUGCCUGAUGACAAAGAUUUUGAGGAUGCUAUAAUUUCUGCAGUUCUGAAUACAAUUGACACAGAAAAUUCUGCUGCUGAAGUUAAGAAAAUCUCACAGAAGUUUGAGGUGAAGAAGGCUGCUGCAGUUGACAGAAGGCUGAAAGUUUUUCAGGAUAUAACUUUGUCUUUGAGUCCUAGAGCUUAACAAAAAAAUUUUAAAAAAAAAAUUAAAAAAAAAAAAAAAUUGAGUCUUGGAUUGAUUUAAUUUAAUUCACUCAAUUUAUGCUAAUUUAAUUAAUUUAGUAUAAUAGGAGAUGCACUUGUUCUCCUUUUUCUUGAUCUUCUUACAAUGUUUAACUUUCAGCCUGCUGUGCUGCAUAUUGGUAGUAGUUUUGGGGAUUGAGAAAUAGUCUUAAUUGUUUAACUAAGGAAUUAUUUAUAUCACAUGAAGAUAAUAAAGUUUUAUUGUCAUUUAUCUCAA